CGCGGAGGUGUGAGGGUGAAACGGCUUCAUGCAUGAAUAAGCCGGGAAAGUGAAACAUUUCAUACCUAAAGCGUGAAACUUGAAUCAGGAACCUUCAAUAUUCCAUAGGAUGGAAAACCAUACCGUCAGUGGUGAAUAUCACAGAGAAUAUGAAGAGCUAGGUGACUCUGAAUAAAGACGCAAUGGGAGGGAGAUUGUCCGUCGGUAAAAAUGAACAUGUCGUCAUAAUCGGCGGAGGCUUUGGAGGGAUCGCAGCAGCGAAGCAAUUGUCAAACUACAGGAUCCCGUACACACUCAUUGACAUAAAGUACGCCUUCCAUCACAACAUGGGUGCACUGAGAGCAUCGGUACAGGAAGGGUUUGCAAAGAAAACAUUCAUAUCAUACGACCAGACAUUCAAAGAGAACUUCAAACAAGGUAAAGUCAGUGAUAUUGACCUGGAAGGUCAGAACGUUAUAAUGGAGAAUGGCGAGGUCAUACAUUAUACGUAUCUUAUUCUGGCAACUGGAAGCACAGGUCCAUUCCCUGGGAAAUUAAUUGAACCGAUUAGUAGAGAAACUGCCAUCCAGAUGUAUGAAGAUUUGGUACAGGAGAUUCAGAAAGCUGAAACCAUUGUUGUGGUUGGAGGUGGGCUUGCUGGCGUGGAGUUGGCAGCAGAGAUCAAAACCGACUAUCCCAACAAAGAGGUAACAUUAAUUCAUUCCACUUAUGUUCUGGGCGACUCUGAGGUUUUACCCAGUGUUAGGCGAGGAGUAAAAGAUAUUCUUGUGAAUAAAGGGGCCCACCUUUUAUUAGGACAUAAAGUCAAUAACCUGUCAGAACUAGAUCUGAAUAAGGCCCUGAAAGACAUUAAAGUGCUAACAAACAAGGGGCACGAGAUCAUAGCAGACAUGGUUAUCUGUUGUACUGGAAUAAAGAUUAACUCUUCCGCAUAUGUCAACGCCCUCCAAGGCAACCUCACUGAACAUGAUGCAAUACAAGUGGAUGAACAUCUGAACGUGAAGGGGAUGACUGUUGUUUUUGCCAUAGGAGACUGUGCCCAUGUGAAUGAACAUAAAUCGGCUUAUACUGCUGAGUUCCAAGCCAUUGCAUGCGUGAAAAAUAUCAUCCAUAACAUUAAACAUGAGCCCAUGGAACUGUACAAACCAGGCGCUCCGUACAUGAUGGUGACAAUGGGUCGGAAUGACGGUGUCGGCCAGAUGUGCGGCUGCAACGUUGGGAAGUUAAUCGUGACAUACGUCAAAAGCAAGGAUCUACUGGUUAAAACGAGCUGGAAAAAAAUGGGCCAGAAGAUGCCGUCCUGAUGAAAUUUAAUGCCUACAGUAUAUAAAUAUAUGCUCCCCUUCCGGAGUGUCUGAUUCAAUGACCCAGUGCCGAAUGUUUAUAGUACUUUCUUUUAGGAAUCUUGCUCAUUUCUAUGUAUAAAGUGUGUGUCGUUUCAAAAAGGUCAGGAAUACUCAGACCAGAACAUGCAGAAAUAAAUCCCUGCUUAUUUAAAAAUCUUUCACCU